AUGAAGUUAACUGAUUCACAGAUGAAAAUAAGGGGCCAUCUCUUAUUCGGCAUCGUGGCCGCCCUCAGACCUCUUGUGAAGCCAAAGAUCGUCAAAGAGAGGACCAAGAAGUUUAUCCGGCACCAGUCAGAUCGAUACGUCAAAAUUAAGCGUAACUGGCGGAAACCUAGAGAUAUUGACAAUAGGGUUCAGAGAAGAUUCAAGGGCCAGAUCUUGAUGCCCAACAUUGGUUACAGGAGCAACAAGAAAACAAAGCAUAUGCUGCCCAGUGGUUUCUGGAAGUUUCUUGUCCACAACGUCAAGGAGCUGGAAGUGCUGCUGAUGUGCAACAAAUCUUAUUGUGCAGAGAUUGCUCACAACGUUUCCUCCAAGAACCGCAAAGCCAUUGUGGAAAGAGCAGCCCAGCUGGCCAUCAGAGUCACCAAUCCUAAUGCCAGGCUGCGCAGUGAAGAAAAUGAAUAGACAGCUCAUGUGCACAUUCUAUUUGUGUUUAAAUAAAACCAUAAAUAUUGCCAUCUGGCAUUUUCCUUCAAAAAAAAAAAAAAGAAAAUAAGGGCAAGUCAUUAUAGGAGAGAAGACACUCAAAAGCAACACAGUUAAAUCCUCAUCCUCAGGAAACACAACAGUACUUGGAAGCAUGGUUGGAUGAAAACCUUGACUCAUUCACAAACACAUCAAAUGACAUACCUUGUAUAAGGCUCUUGGACAAGAUGGUAAAAAGCUCAGACAAGUGGGAGGUGGAGAAGUAUGAGGGAAAUAAAUAAUCUAAAAAGUUGAAUAGUCUUUGGUAGGACUCAAUUAAAAAGGGUAUUUGUGGCUGGCUAGGUGCAGUGGUUCAUACCUAUAAGCCUAAACCCAGUAUUUUGUGAAGCCAAGGCAGGGAAGACCACUUGAGGCCAGGAUGGAACUGGGAAACACA